GUGGAGGAUUUUGUUUUCUACUGGGGCCAUAGAAUUUUACACACCAAAUGGCUGUACAAGAACGUCCACAGCGUGCAUCACGAAUACGCUACCCCUUUUGGACUAACAUCAGAAUAUGCUCACCCUGCCGAGAUCCUGUUCCUCGGAUUCGCAACCAUUGUCGGUCCUGCUCUUACCGGUCCCCAUCUAAUGACUCUGUGGUUAUGGAUGGUACUUCGAGUGCUAGAGACGGUCGAGGCUCAUUGUGGUUACGAUUUUCCUUGGAGCCCUUCAAACUUCAUACCUUUG